GAUGCACAGAGCAUCACAGGACCAGGUAGAACAUUUAAACUGGAUUCUAAUAGGCCGGGGUAUUACAGAAACAACAGUGAUUGUGUGAGGCUGAGCUGUACUGGUACUAGUAAGCCAGCUGUUGCUAAAUGAUGGGCCAGGUUCUGCAGCAAUAUCCAACAUCUACAUGAGCCACAGUGGCACUGAAUAGUAAGAAGACCUGCUAGGGCUCUCUGGGCCAGUCACUUCAACUGUUCUGCUAGCGUGUGCCACCUGGAUGGAACACCAUGAGCGACAUACGCCAUUCUCUCCUGCGCCGCGACACGCUCAGUGCUGCCAAGGAGGUCCUCUACCACCUGGAUAUCUACUUCAGCAGCCAGCUUCAGAAUGCCCCCGUGCCUCUGGUAGAGAAGGGUCCCAUAGAGCUGCUUGAGGAAUUCAUCUUUCAGGUUCCAAAAGAUCGGGGCUCUCACACGAAGCGAUUCAGUGCCAUGCAGGAGCUUCAGCUGCUGGAGAUACUCUGCAACUACUUCCAGGAACAGAACAAGGAGGCUGUCCGUCAAGUCAUCUUCUCCUCACUCUUUAGCCCGCAAGGCAAUAAGGCAGAUGAUCAGCGUAUGGCGCUGCUGGGGAAGCUGACGUCUAUGUCUGUGGCAGUGUGCAGGGUGCCUGUGUUGGAGUGUGCUGCAUCUUGGUUGCAGCGCACCCCGGCUGUAUAUUGUGUUCGGUUGGCAAAGGCCCUGGUGGAUGAUUACUGUGGCCUAGUACCUGGCUCAGUCCAGACACUCAAGCAGAUCAUAAGUGUCAGUCCUCGCUUCUGUUGCCAGUUCAUCACUGCAGUCGCUGCUCUCUAUGAUAUGUCCAGCGAGGAGCUCCUACCCCCUCAUAAUCUCCUGGAGAUGAUAGUUUCGUGGAUUUUUGAUGACCCUAUGCUUAUACUGAUCACUUUCCUCAAUACUCCUAUUACUGCCAAUGUGCCGCUUGGGUUCUUAGACUUUUCUCCUCUCAUGGGCCUGGUACGGUGGUGUGUGACAGCCCCCCUAGCAUACAGGCGCAAACAGAAAGCCGCAGGGGGGCAGCUACCUGUAGAAAGCCAAGGCCUAUACUCCAAGCUGCAUCUGAGUAUGUUACAAGGUCUCAUGGUCCUUCAGACUCACCUAACAGAAAAGAAUCUUUAUGGAAGACUGGGUCUCUUUCAUUUUGACCAGCUUGUGCCUCUGGUGGAGGAAUUGGGACAGUUGUGUGAUGAGCUCAACCCAUUAAAUGCCGAGCAGGAGAUGGAAUUAGCACUAGAUAGGCUUGCUCAGGCUUUGCAGGUUUCCAUGGCGACGGGGGCUUUACUUUGUGCCCGAGAUGACCUGCGGACAUUGUGCGCUAGGCUUCCCCAUAAUAACCUUAUGCAGUUGGUGAUCUCUGGUCCUGUUCAGCCUCAGCCGGCUCACCCAUCUCUAACCCCAGGCUAUUACCCUCACAUUCAUACCCCGCCCCUGGGCUACCCCUCUCUGCCUGCUCACCCAGCUCUGCCUGCUCACACGCCAAUUCCUGCGCACCCCGCGGUGCCUGCUAUCCCAGCAAUUCCUGGGCACCCUGUGCAGACUUUCAUGCCUGGGAUGGCCUUUCCAUUCAGGCCUAUGCGCUGAGUUACCAGCCUACAGAAUGAGACUUUUACCUUUGCACUGCUGACAGAGAAGCGCCAUGCAGAAGGGCAUCUGGGUAUUUCUUAAAUGUGCUCUGGUGCCUGUGAAACAUCUGAACCUCAUUUGGUGCUACAGGAACCACUUCCAACCACAAAAGAGAGUAAAAGGACCAAAGUCAUACAAACUUAUUGCUGCUUGCUGCACACCAUGCAGGCCUGGCUGAAUUAUAUUAGUACCAGUAAUACAUUGUAUGGAUAGCAGUUCUUGGACUUGGACUGUAGUCGAAGAAAGGGUUAAUGACCUGCAUCACCUCUUCCCUUUCCAGUGAGAUAAGCGACCUGCAGCCCAUCAGCUGCCCUCUAGUUCAACAACAAGGUUUUGGGCGUUCCCUGGAGUUCCUGCUAGUGAGGAUGUUAUUUGUGGCCCCAAUUGAUUGGCCAUACCUCAGUGCAAUAAUGUCAUGCCCCUAAACUACUAGGUCAGGCCACUUUUUUCUGCUUCUUAUUAUAACUCGAUAAGUCUAUGGGAGAUGAUAAGGAAAGUUGUGGCCAGCUGAAACUGCAAGCUUAGCUAUUACCAGUUUCAUAGGAGCCAGGCAAAAUAAAGCAAAAGAAAAAAAUAUAUACAUUCAGCUCUUAUUGUUUGUGUUUGACAAAGCCAUAGAGAUAGUAAAGAUAUAAUGGCCCUUUAAAGGAGUAGUUCACCUUUAAAUUAACUUUUAGUAUGAUAGAGGCAGUGAUAUUCUAAUACAAUUUGCAAUUGGUCUUUUUAUUUUUUUAUGGUUUUUCAGUUAUUUAGAAUUUUCUUCUGCAGCUCUCCAGUUUAGUAUUUUAGAAGCUUUCUGGUUUCUAUGGUGCAGUUUACCCUAGCAACUAGGGUGCACCGAAUCCACUAUUUUUGGAUUCGGCCGAACCCAGAAUCUUUAGUAAAGGAAAGAAUCAGAAUCUAAAUUUUACAUAUGUCAAUUAGGAUACAGAUGGGUUAAAGAGUGCCACCCGUGGCAAAAAAUGAAUUCAACUUCCAUAUUUAUAUGAUAAAAACACGCGUGAGUUUAAAGAUUCGGUUCGGCAAGGAGCGUGGAUUCGGCCAAAUCCGAACCAAAUCUUGGAUUUGGUGUAUCCCUACUAGCUACCAGGCAGCUGUUUGAAUGAGGUGGGGAUAUGAAUAGGAGAGGGCCUAGUAGAAAGAUAACUAAUAAAAAGCAACAAUAACAAUGAAAUUGUAGCCUCACAGAGCAAUAGUUUUAGCUGCUGGGAUGAUUCAGAAGAUAAAGGCAAACAAUUCAAAAACUAUAAAAAUAAAUAAAUGAAGACCGAUUGCAAAGUUGCUAAGAAUGGGACAUUCUACAACAUACUAAAAGUUUACAUAAAGCUGAACCACCUCUUUAAAGAUCAUUUCUGAGUUUUUAAUGCAUUGCUCUGUUAUAUGCUGCGCCGCCGGAUACCUGUUACCUCUGGUAGAUAUAUAAAAAUGGAGAUCUUUUUAUUUAAUGGGAGAAUAUUAAAAGAACAGGUAACACCAGAAAUGAAAAUGAUUUAUUCGCUUUGGUAUGUACCCAUGAUUAUAGCCACUGAACAAGUGUUUCUUUUUCUUGUUUUUAUUUUUCAUUGGCAUUCAUCUGGCUGCACACAUGAUGUAUCUGUGGGGCAAACAAGACAACCCCACUCAUUCAGUCACAGAGCCAUUGUUUUCCAAUGAGCUAAAGGGCACACUCUAUGUUCAGAUUCACAUUUUUUUUAAAGAAUGCUAUUCACUUCAGUUUCAGAGAGCACAAAGGGUUAAAGGCAUUCCUGCAAAUGCUAUGUGUGCCGGUAGCUUUAGGGUAAUGAGCACCCGGUUUAUAAGCAGCCUGAAAAUGGCACCAAAGUGCUUGGAAUUUACAGCGCAGAUACAGUAUAGGUCAAUGUUGGUGCUUUACUUUCUACUGCUUACAAACGUGGCGCUCGUAGUGCCCAAUGUACCGUUACCCUUAUUCAUGACAACACAUGAGCCCAUACAAAGGCACACUUUAUUUUAUACGGAUAUGCUGUGAUUGAAUGCUGCAGAAUUGAUGUAAUACAAACAGAACCUUUUCAUUUUUUUAUGCUGAUGACAGAGGGUUGUGUACAUUAGCCAGGAACACUCUACUGUUAAACCUGUAUAUUUGUGUAAAAUAACACUUUUUCUAAUAAAACUUAAAACUUA